AAAUGUAAGCACCCAUCCUCUCUCAUAUGGUUAACGUUAUUACCAUUUCACUCCCUAAAAAUAAACAUUUGCUUCUUAGUGCCACCCAAUUAGCCAAAAAAAUAACUGAAAGAGAAAUUAAAUGUCUUGCUCUUGUUGAGGAAUAUAUUGAGAGAAUCAAAGAAGUUCAACCUGUUAUAAAUGCCCUAGCUGAAGAGAAUUUUGAUUAUGCCUUGAAAGAAGCGAUUAAAGUGGAUGACUUUUUACAAAAUGAAACUUCUCACCCAUCAGACAUUUUAAGGCAAAAACCAUUGUUAGGAGUUCCUAUCACAAUUAAAGAAUGCUUUGCAGUCAAAGGUCUCCCAAACUCUUGCGGCGUAUACAACAGGCGAGACCAUUUGAGUCAAUCUACCGCUCAAGCCGUUAGCGCCUUAAUAGGGUCGGGCGCCAUAGUGAUAGCUACUAGCUCAAUGCCCGAACUCGGCCUUUGGUGGGAGACUUACAACACCAUACGGGGCCGAACUCGCAACCCCUAUGACGUCACCAUGAUAACCGGUGGCUCCUCUGGCGGAGAAGGUGCCCUAAUAGCUUCCGCGGCGUCCCCUUUAGGCCUAGGUUCAGACGUAGGUGGUAGUAUUAGAAUGCCCGCCUUUUUCAACGGGAUCUUCGGCCAUAAACCAACAGCUGGUAUAGUUUCCAACGAAGGCCAUUACCCGCCGGCCACGGGCGACUUAAACCGAUAUUUGGUUACCGGCCCGUUAGCUAGGAAUAGCGAAGAUCUAUUAACCGUCAUGAAAAUUUUGACCAAGAAUAUACCCGAAAUAAACGGAGAUUUGCUCAAACUGGACCAGGAAGUCGAUCUACAAAAUUUGAAAUACUUUUCCUUUUGCGAUGAUAUGAUGAGGCCCUGGGUGUCCAAAAUUUGCCCACAACUCAGGCACGCCCAAGAACAAGUCGUUAAACACAUAGAGACGCGGUUUGGAAAACGGGUGGAAACGUUGAAGAUCCAAGAUUUCCCAGGCCUGAAUAAGGCUUUCAUCCUGUGGAUAUCGGCUUUGGAAAAAUGCGGGGGACCACCCUUCUCGGAGAUUAUCACAGGAUACGAGGGGAAAGCCAGUGCCAUGACCGAACUCAGCAAAUGGCUCCUGAAAACCAAAAAUUCUCACACUUUCCCUUGUGUGACCUUUUUAGCCCAAGAAGCCUUGCUCAAGCACUUUGUUUCGCCAAAGAUUUCUCAAAAAUAUUGUGACCAACUGCAGGAUUUGAAACAGCAGCUCACGUCCACCUUGGGCUCUGAUGGCGUCCUCAUAUUUCCUUCCCACCCUCUCUACCAUUACAAGCACAGUGCCCCUUUCCUGACCCCCUUUAAUUUUAUUUACACAGCUAUCUUCAACGUUCUUGGCUUUCCAGUGACCCAAUGCCCAUUAGGUACUUGGAGCAAAUUCUCACAAAGGUUUCCCUCGACUGACAAAACACUCUCGAAUCUUAGAAAGAACAAGAGCAGUAAAAAUAUGCCGCUAGGUGUGCAGUUAGUAGCUGGGAAUUACAAUGACCGAUUAACAUUGGCCCUCUCUCAAGAAUUGGAAAAAACCUUUGGUGGUUGGGAUUACUCACCUUUUAUCAGUGAAACAUUGUCUUGUUUAAAAAAAUGAUUGGAUAAAAAGGCACAAUAAUAGAAAUCUACUAUCCUCCUAUUAAGCAGUAAGAAGCAGCAAAAGAUACGAUUCAACAACAAUGAUUUUUGCAUUUCUAAUUCAAAAAAAAGAAGCUUUAUUAUUUAACAAUUUUUAUAGUUUUAUUUUUUUAAUGACAACUUUACCAAAAAAAAAUUUAUAUUAUAUUUAUACUGUCUUCCACUGCCAUUGUACACAAAAAGACAUAAA